AUGGAGUUUGUGUUCAAGCAAUUCGACGUCGUGAAGGAGGUUUCGGAUCAUCAUUUCACCAACGAUAAAUCAAGAAAAAAGCAAAAAAAAUCAUUCUCCUACAAUGGGAAGUAUCCUCAAUUCUACACCAAAAUCAUGAGAGAAUGGAAAAUCCUCGAGAAAAACCUCCCCGAAUCGAUCUAUGUCCAGGUAUACGAAACGAGCAUCGAUUUGAUCCGCGCAGCAAUCAUUGGCCCGCCGGGGACGCCGUACCACGACGGGCUCUACUUCUUCGACAUCUUCCUCCCGAUGGAAUACCCUGAAAUGCCCCCGAAAGUUCACUACCAUUCCUACGGCUACAACCUCAACCCUAACCUCUACUCCAGAGGAUUCGUCUGCCUCAGCCUGAUCAACACGUGGCGCGGCGACAACGUCGAGAAAUGGCGGAAGAAUCAAUCCACCCUUCUCCAGCUCCUCGUCUCCAUCCAAGGCCUCGUCCUCAAUGACAAACCCUACUUCAACGAACCUGGCCGCGAGGUCGGAAUUUCCAGCGACGAUCCCAAAUGGAUUAAACGAUGCCAAUCUUACAAUGAGUCCGUCUUCGUCCUCGCCUGCCGGACCAUGGCGCGCACUCUGCGGAAGCCGCCGGAGAAUUUCGAGGCGAUUGUCGCGCAGCAUUUCCGGGAUCGGGGGGAGUGUAUUUUGGCGGCGGUGAAGGCUUACCGGCGGGGACGGUGCCCGAUCGGGCAGUUUCAUGAGAGUGAGUGUGGGAGAGAAGGGGGUUUGAGGUCGGUCAGGCCGGUGUCGGAGGGGUUUAAGUAUAAGUUGAAGAUAGCGGAGAAGGAGCUUAAGGAUAGUUUGAGGCGGUUGAAGGUGCACCCCGGCUGGGAGUGUAGAUCGGCUUCCCGCGCCGGAAAAGCUACUGCGAGAAAGAAGAGAUAUUGGGUUUUGAGUUGGGUGUGUUUUCUGUUCAGGGAGAAUAAAUAA